CUAAUACUUAUUACUAGAAAGCACAAUCAACUAUAAGCACUUUGAAGCAAGGACAAACAAGAUGCAUCAAGUACAGCUAACCAUAGUCUUUUAUCUGUUAGCUGUUAGCAUGGCUCAGGGGGAUGAUGGAAAUUGCAAAGCAAGUGUGGUUGUCAUGAGCAAAGAAGAGAUUUCAAGAGAAAUUCAAUCGCAGAUAACUCGAGUUCUAACCAAGGGAUCGAUAACACCCUCAGUAAUAGUAAACAAUGAGAACGUGACAUUCAUUGUACAGAGAGAAAUUGACAAACUAUUUGAAAAAGUUAAGAACCUUAUUCAACCAAUAGUGACAGAGUUAGCGACUUUGCUGAAACCAGGAAGAUCACCUAGCCACCCAGCUUCUACAUGCAAGGCCAUUCUCAAUCAAGACAAAACCAGCCCGUCUGACUUCUACUGGCUAAAAGCUUCGAAUGGAACCGCUGUAAAAAUGUACUGCGAUAUGACCAAAACUUGCGGAAGAGUCACUGGUGGGUGGAUGAAAUUAGCUGACCUUGAUAUGACACAAAAUUUGAGCCAGUGUCCUGAACCAUUGUAUCAAAACACACAACAUGGAAAGAAUCUGUGCACUAGAAGGGAUACGAGAGCAGGCUGUUCGGAAGUGCACUACCCAAGUAACGGAAUUGCCUUCAGUGAGGUAUGUGGCAGGGUGAUAGGCUAUCAAUCAGGCUCUACGGACGGUCCAUAUAAUGGACACUUCACAGGAGCAGGCAUUGACACCCCCUAUAUUGAUGGAGUAAGCCUAACGCACGGCCACCCGAGGCACCACAUUUGGACAUUCAUAGCAGCAUUGGAUGAGGUGGGAGAUUAUCGACAGGGAACGUGUGAAUGCACCAACAUAAAUCAGCGAGGAUAUUCACCAGCAAAUUUUGUAGGCAAUGACUAUUUUUGUGACACAGGUAGCGAGCACAAACUCCAUUCAUUAAACCCUGAUGAUCCACUAUGGGAUGGAGCUGGAUGCGGUUCAAAUAACGAGUGCUGCACGUUUCGAAACCCCCCUUGGUUCUAUAAGAAACUGGGAAAGAAUAUUGAAAAUAACGUUGAUAUGAGGCUGUGUAGAGAUGAGCCGGUAACAAACGAAGAUGUUCUAUUGGAGAAAAUUGACUUGUACGUACGUUAGAACUAUGGCUAUAUAGAGUGUGGAUUAGAAAAGAAGCAAAUACAAAUGAAAGUAGAUAGUUAAAACAAUGAGAAGAAACAAGUAGAAACUGAAAGUAGAUAUGAAUAUAAUUAUUUCACUGAUUGAUUGC